CGGCCGCUAAUGACAGAUAAGACCAUCCUGUCUGGAUUUAUAUACGUUCAAAAUGUUUAGUCUUUAAUUGUCUGUUAUUCAAGCAACAAUGACGAAAUUCUCGAUACUCCUGUUAGUGGCACUGUGCUUCGCUUCUGAAUCCCUUGCAAAAAAAGGAUUUGGUCCUGGAGAACAAGAAUGGGGAUACGUGAAAGUACGGUCAACUGCACACAUGUUUUGGUGGCUUUAUUUUACCACCGCGAACGUGUCUUCUUACUAUGAAAAACCAUUGGUCAUCUGGCUGCAAGGUGGACCCGGAGCAUCCUCCACUUCCUACGGGAACUUUGAGGAACUUGGACCUUUGGACAUUGACUUGAAGCCAAGGAAUUUCACUUGGGUGAAAAAUUACAACGUUCUUUUCAUUGACAACCCAGUCGGCACCGGUUUCAGUUAUAUCACUACACAAGCAGGAUAUACUACGACGAAUACAGAGAUCGCAAACGAUCUCUUGGAAUGUGUAAAAGGUUUCUUAAAACAGCUACCGGCAUUCUCUAACGUACCCACAUAUAUCACCACUGAAUCUUAUGGAGGAAAAAUGGGUGCAGAAUUUGCCCUAUCUUGGUACAGGGCACAACAAAAGGGCACUAUCAAAAGUAACUUGAAGGGUGUUGCUCUUGGUGAUGCCUGGAUCUCCCCCAUUGAUUCCGUGAUGACUUGGGCGCCCUUUUUACUUGCUACAGGUAUGGUGGACACUGCUGGUUAUGAGAAGAUCAACGAAGCAGCUGUAAAAACGAAAAAUGCCGUAGAUACUAAGCAGUGGGCAACAGCAACGAGACUGUGGAGCUAUACUGAAGGAGUCAUUGCUCAAGUUACUAAUAAUAUCGAUUUCUAUAAUAUUCUAACGAAAAUGGAACCUGGUAACAAGGUUUCCCUCAUGGAAAGACUUAAAUCGGAACCAACAUUUGCUCAAGAAUACUCCGUCUUCAGCGACGCAUCUUUAGACAAACUGAUGAACGGUCCUGUAAAAGAAGCUCUCCAACUAUCUUCUCGUCACGGCGCCCAAUCUAAUCUCGUAUUCAGUAAAUUAACAGGAGACUUCAUGAAACCUGUUGUCAAUAUAGUGGAGAGUUUAUUGAACGAAACUAAUCUAAAGGUUGCGGUGAUCAGUGGUCAUAUGGAUCUUAUCGUCGAUACUCCAGGCACUCUACGUUGGGUUGAGAAGAUGCAGUGGAAAAACGCUAAUUCCUGGCACCGCUCUGCCAGAACUGCCUUAGUAGUGAAGGGCAUUAUUGAAGGCUAUGUAAAAUCUUAUGGCAAUUUUUCUAUGUAUUGGAUCAACAGAGCCGGACACAUGGUACCAAAGGAUAAUCCAGCAGCAAUGGCGUGGAUACUAAAUAAGUUUACCAGCUAACAAGAGAGUCAUUUUAAGAAGUGAAGCGCAUGAAAUGGACACUAUGGUCUAAUGAAUGGAAAUUAGAAGAGAAUAAAUAAUUUUAAGAAGCA